AUGGACUUGCCAGAUCCAUACUUACCUGGUGCAGUGAGUUUGCUGGAACAGCUCGACAAAAAGCUCUUAGUAGUACUUCGUGAUGGGCGUACAUUAAUUGGAUAUCUGAGAACAAUCGAUCAGUAUGCAAAUUUGGUACUGCACGAAACUUUAGAAAGGAUCCAUGUUGAUACAUAUUAUGGCGAUAUCAAUCGUGGAAUAUUUGUGAUUCGAGGAGACAAUGUUGUUCUUGCUGGAGAAAUUGAUGAAGAGAAAGAAAAGUGUACAGGACUUAUAUGUAUUCCCGCAGAAAAGAUUCUCUCAUUGCAGCGCGAAAAAAUGGAAGAAAAAGAAAGAUUUGAGGAAGCGAGAAAUAAGGUGAUGAAAGGUCGCGGUCGGCGUGCGCAACAUCAAGUUGAUAUUUUCAGUGAUGAGUUAUGA